AACAUCGAUUAAAACAGUAGUGGGAUGGUAAUGAAAGCAGAUUGCUAACUAUCCUUAUAUUGGGCUCAUGGCCCAUCAGUGUCGUCUAAGAUGAGCUCAACCAUCUCAUAGAUCUUGGGUUUGGACCGGUCCGUCCAAAUUAAGGCCUCGACCGGAAUCGAAUCGUCGGUCUAUUUAGGUUCUCCAUCUUCGGCCGACCCACCCUUGUCAGCGAAUCGACUCGGAGCUCCCCAACACCGUAACGGUGGCGUCGCAAGGAACGGUGACGUCAUAUGGAUCCGCUCCCUCCCUUCUUCUCCGUCCAUCUCUGCGGAGCCUGUGAACGGCUCCGUCGGUUAGUUUCCCUUGUCCCCGGUCGAUCGUCAUUGCCGUCACAUUCGUCCAAGCCUGGGCUUGAUGAUGUGGGCGAAAACAUAGUUAAGCAGAACAUGGAUUUCCUUUGAAAGCAACUACUAGCAUGAAAAAAUUUAAUGUCGUUAUUUUUCUGAAUUUUCAUGUUAACUCGAUUGAAAUUAGAUAAUGCCAGACAACCAUGAUGAAAUUCAUUCUGUUGAGACCUAUAAGUUAGAUGGAAUUACGAAAAUAUUCGUGUAUUAUAUUCAUAGAUAUCUUUUUCUUUUCCUGUUGUAACUUUGUCGUAUAUUUAUUUUUAUUAUGUUAAUUCUAGUAUGAAUCAUUAAAAAUAUUUGCUGUUUGUGGACUAUGGAAGUGAUUCUGGCUCUGGCUCUACUGUGUCUGUUUGCCAAACAAAUCUUAAGCCCUUUGUGAUGUUUAAUCAUACUUCUUUAGUAGAAGGACAGGAGUGAUUCCUUUAUCGACCUUAUAAAGUACACCAAGGCUUGUCUAGGUUAUUUAGUUAAAAGAUCACUAGCAAUUUUGAUAUUGAAUUUAGCCAAUGGUUUGUGUUCUUGCUUCGAGUUAGCUUAUAAGAUCAUGUUGUUAAAUAAAAAAAUUCCCAACAUCAGCAAUAUUUGAUGUCAUUGGAUCGUGUUAGACUGUUGGGUAGUGUUUAUGUCAGGUUAAGAUGCAUUUAUUAGACCAAAACUUCCACCCAAACUGCUAAACUUGAACCUAACCCACCUAAUACAUGUGUAACCUAACCUAACCUUUGGGCUUAGAUCAAAUUAUAUUAUAGAUGAUAGAUUUAAACCAAUUUAAAUAAAAACCCUUCACUGACAAUUUAAUCAAUCCAGUAGUAGAAUUUGACCUAUUUAUAACCAAUAAGCAUGAUAUGAUCGACACUCAUUUGAAAAUGAUACAUUGAUGUGCUUAAUCCGAUUAUUACUGAUUCAAGUGGGUUAGUCAUGACAGUUUCCUAAAUUCGUUCAAUAAGAGUCUCUCUGCUUGGGACAUGCACAAAAUGCUAAUAGUUUCGACUUUGAAGUUAGUUAUCAUGACCAACUUGUGAUCUGCACUCAGCCAUUAGAUCUGCCACAUUGUGGUUGUUAAUUCAGUAACUUAGGUUUGUCAACUUGUUGUAAAUUGAUCAAGUCAUAAUAAAAUUUAUCUUUUCCUUUCUAUUUUCUUUUUCUGUAUUCAGCUGAUGUUAUGCGGAUAAUUUUUAAUCAUCUCCACCUGACAUCAUCGGAGAAUGAGGCUGCUAACUCUAAGAAUUUUGCGUAUAUAGGGCCAUAUAUUAAAGCUCAUAAUUGCAUUUUUGUUUGAUAACUGGAGAGAAACAUAUAAGUUUCUACUGCUCUCAAAAAAAAUUCCAAACAAACUUUGGUCAUAUUCGAUAUAGACUUGGUUGUGUUUGCCAUCUCUCUGUUGGAUGUUAGGCCUGAAAAGUUGAUGAUCUAUCCAACUGUAGCUGUUAAGAUGUACUGGUAUACUUGGUACAUAAAGUAAGAUAUGCUUGCUGUCACCCUGUUAGGUGUCGGGCCUGAAAAGGUGAUGGUCUAAUCCAACUGUGUCCUUUAACAAGUACUGGUAUAUUUAGUACCCUGAAUUUUUCCUUCAGUUGCUUCCCUGUUAAUCAACACAUUGACUGGUUACCAUUCUUGUUGGAAGGAAUGAUACAUCAUCCUAAAUUUGUAUAAUGUUUGUACAUAUGGGGCCUUCAUUUUUAAGUUUCAAGUUCCUUUUGUCUUGUUCUAUGUGUUAUUUGAAGAACAAAAACUUUCAGCUCAGGGCAGAAAAGGGUAGUGAAUGAGAUUCUAGGCAGUAGAAUUGUCCAAUUGCUUUAUAGAGAUUAAACAAGUUUUUCCAUGUGCAACUAUGUAUAGCAUCAUCCAGUUACGGGCCAAUCUAUUUCGUAACAAGGGACUAUUUUUUCGUUUUCCAUCUGAUGGUCAUAAUUACUCAAGGAAACAGUAGGUAAUGCUUUAGAUAAUGGUGGAACACUUUUGGAAUAAUUUUUCUAAUGGAUUUCAGCCAUCUCUUCUUCGUUUCUGAUAUGUAUAUGUAUAUAUAUUUAUUUACAUAUUCUUUUUCUUGUGAUUUACGUUAGCCAUGAAUUUUUACCAGUGUAUGUUAUGACAUAUGCCUCGUGGUUGUAAUCAUCCUUUUUCUGUUAUUGUUAUUUUAUGCACAUAUGUUUACUUGCCCAACCUCAGUAGCUUUUAGGUUGGGUUGUCGGUGCAAUGACUUUCAAGGCAUCAGCAUAUCUGGUAUAGAUGGCAUAUUUAUCACAGAUCACUUUCUGCUUACACUUCAGCUAGGCCUCUACCUAUUGCAGCUCAGAGGUAUAACAACCUUGCUUGCAACCCAAUGCUCUUAGCCGUGUGCUAGGCAGUUUGUUAGACCCCUUGGUGCUUCUCCUUUGGUUUCUGAUGAUCGUGAUGAUUACGCAAAUGAAGAAGAAUGCUGCGAUCUCCAAUAAUGACUCUUCAGCUUCAUGGUCUUUCUCAAACAGGUGGUUCAUUUAAUCUGAUAGUGAAAGCUCAUCCAGUUACACAUGCUCUAAUGAGGCACCAUUAAAAUACAAGGAGGGCUUAUUUGAUGAUUCAUUUUCUUAGUUGUGUUCCCUUGCUUGCUGUCCCUGAUUUAAUGAGAAUGGCAGAUUAUUGAUUAACAAGAGAAAAUAUGUGCCAAUCGGAAUACGGUGUAUUUGAUUUUCUGGAGGAAUUUAUCAUAAACUGGCGUCUUGCUUAAUACAGCUAAAGUUGACAGUCAAAUGAAUAGUGUUUGUCAGUCCAUCAUCGCACAAUUUCUCAAGGUUCUCAGUUUGGUGAUAGCCCACGUGUGAUUCAUUGGAUGUGUGAAUUCAGUCUUCAGAUGUAUUCCUUUUUCAUUCCUCAUGUCUUUACAUUGUCAUUCCAGGACCACUCUGCAACAUGGAACCUGUUGGAUCUAAGACAUGACGUUGGUUGGUGGCUAUCAUGAAGCAACCGGCUGGUUGCAUAAUCAAAGCCUCUUACUUUCUAGGUCUUCGGUGCAUUCAAUUAGCAAUAUGGAACAAGAAGGGUCUACAUAUGAAUUUCUUGCAGGGAUAACAUAUUGUGCUCCAUGUCAAUAAUUUCCACCUUUUUGUUUCAAAACAAAGAACAAAGAAUUACAUAUGGUGGACCUCAGGAACUUGUUGCCUAGACUUGGCCUGUGGGUUGUGUUCAAACGUGUACAGAAUGCUUUGAGUUAAAAAAAAAUGCUUUGAGUUAAAAGAAUAUGGAUGUUAAUAUCAUUCAUGCCUUUAAUUGUGGGCAGAUUUCCUGUGGGAUUUUUAUCUUUUUCCCCUCUAAUCCAAAUGUCCAACUUCCAGUUUUGGCUGAAGCUCUGUAGUGAUCAAUGUAGACGUCAGGUUUUUAAGCACUACAAGAAGGUUUUAUUCUUCACCAAGUACCAGAAUAAACAAGCAAGAAGUCAGCUCGUUCCACUCUCAGCUACUCAACAAAGGGGAUGAUCAAUAAUAAGGACCUUGCUUCUGAGCAGAUUAAAGCUGGAUUAGCUAGUACAGCAACUGCAAUCAUUCAAAUGGCCAUCCACACUUCAAUGGAAUUGAAGGAGAUAGCAUGCCACCUUGCUUCAACACCACUAUUCCACCGACAUUGGUUUACCUACCCAUCGUAGGUCAAAGGUGGCAGCUCUGUGUUCCCUAGUCCAGGCUCCAUCAAUGGCAGACGCCUUCAAAGGAAACUCGUUUGCCUUCACCAGCUAUACCACUCAGUUCCAAUCAUCACCACUCACUCCUCUCAGAGAAGCCCUUCCUCUUCUCAGCCUCAGUCCUAAGAAGCACCACCACCACAACCAUCUGCAGCAGCAGCAGCAGCAGCAGCAGACUUCCUGCAGUGCCUUUGAGGAAGGCGAUUACAAGAGCAAGCGGUCAAAUGGCGGAGAGAAUGUGGAGGAAGCUGUGAGUGUGGCACUCCGCAUAGGUCUCCCGAGCCCCAGCGAAGCCGAUCUCAUCUCCAGGGUCUCUUCUACUUCAGUGAGUGAAGACAAGGAGUGCCAAAAAGGAGGAGGUGGUGGUGAUGGUAAUCCUUUUGCUCUCUCUAGCGUAGGCAAGCUCACCAGAGGCCAAUAUUGGAUUCCCACCCCCUCUCAGAUCCUCAUUGGCCCUACCCACUUCUCUUGUCCUGUUUGCUGCAAGACCUUCAACAGAUACAACAACAUGCAGAUGCAUAUGUGGGGGCACGGGUCGCAGUACCGGAAGGGACCGGAGUCGCUGAGGGGGGCGCAGCCGACGGCGAUGCUGCGGCUGCCGUGCUACUGCUGCGCGCCGGGGUGCAGGAACAACGUCGACCACCCGCGAGCCAAGCCGCUCAAGGACUUCCGGACUCUACAGACUCACUACAAGCGGAAGCACGGGAUCAAGCCAUUCGUGUGCCGCAAGUGCGGCAAGGCCUUGGCGGUCCGCGGCGACUGGCGCACCCACGAGAAGAACUGUGGCAAGCUGUGGCGCUGCACCUGCGGCUCCGACUUCAAGCACAAGCGAUCUCUCAAGGACCAUGUCAAGGCGUUCGGGCGCGGGCACGCGGCCCACGGUCUCCACCGCUUAGACGAGGAGGAGGACGAGCCGUCAUCUGAGAUCGAGCAACAUAGUCAUCAGGUUCAGCAGCAGCAGCAGCAGCAGUAGGGAAGGAGAUGAUAAGAGUCCCAAAUCCAUCCCUUCUUAUGUUCUUGUUCUUCUGCAGAGCUGAGAUCAUAGUCUGAUAGUAUUAAUCCUCAGCUAACUGCAUCACGUUCCCAUCCUCUGCACUCACUCAGCUUUUUGUUCGGUGGAUGUGAUGCUUUCGUGCUUUUGCAUGGUGGAUAUGUGCGUCGGUUCAUGGAUGGAACAUAAACCAUGAAUUAUUCAGAUCGAAUGAUUAGUUUGCUAUUAGGAAG